AUGCCGGUGCGAGUCUUCGUGACGUUGCCUCCCGCGGACGGACCGGCCGUGACGGAGGAAGUGCUGGCGCAGCAGGUGAUGCAGGAGUUCAUGGCAAUGCGUCACGCCGGGUCGUCGGUGGAGCUGCUCUGCUCCGUGUCCUCCGCGCGCCUGCAGCAGACGAUUGCGGAGCGCUACCCACUCGCGUACAAUCGUCUUUUAUUGGAGGGGCGUUGGCGCGGCAAGUGGCAUUUCUUUGCGGAGGAAAUUGUGGGACUGCGCUGCUUCCUCUACACACUGAGGGACUACGCUGAGACUAGAGAUCUGGAGGUUCACGUCGCGUUCAGCGAGCUGCGGUGCUGUGUGAAGGACGAGGAUGCCCGCGCGGUGCGGCAGGCGGACGGCAGCGUUGGCGCGCUACUGCGGGAGCAUCUUCUCCAGAAGGACGCCUUGCAUCGCUGGUGUGACGAGGCGGUGAAGGCGGCGCAGGCGGACGGUGGCGCGGGGGGUGCUGAUAGAGCCCUGUGGCGGGCGCCUCCCCCUGCACCGGCCCCUGAUGAGGCUCGCGAGGCAGUUGCGUUCCUACGGGUGCGAGGGUGGAAAUUUUGGGUGGCUUCGGCGCCGCGCCGCGAGGGAGGUUGCAGCGAUCAUGACGGCGAGCGACACGCCUGCGCGGCACAUGAGUGCACUGCGGCUCCGCCGUCACGUCGUCCAUUGUCUUCAAUCGUGGGUGCCGGCGAACUCCGGCAGGCGAUCCGCGAAGGACCUCUUCAUGGCGGCCAUGGGGUAAGAAGCGAGGGAAGGGGAGGGAGAGGAGCCACGCGUUGCGGAAAGGGUGCGGGCUGCUGCGGCCGCACCUCGUUGUCGUCACUUCAG